AUUGUUUCAUGAUUAAACUCCCAAGAGUUUUGUACUUGGAUGUUAACGAGGAGUAUGAAACAAUAUCACUUUCAGUAUUUGGGGAAAAUGUACCGAAUUUAUCUAUAUUUACUUGUGAUUUUGUCCCGAAAUUUAAUGCAUCAAGCAAGAUCAAAACACCAAAACUGGAAAAAUAUCACUCACCACAACUAUUAAGUUACAAAGAUAGUCGCUCAGUUAUUUUAACAUGGAAAAUGGAAUCUGACUGCACUCUGGGAUUGUACUCACUUCGAUGUGUUGUACAGAUUAAUAAUACCACACAUACAGUUGAAUCGGAACAAGACGGCUCAAUAUUUAUACUCAAUUCGAACACUCAGAGAAUAGUGAAUGGUGAACCAACAACAAUACGACUUGGAAGUCAACAAAAGAUUGAACUGAAGCUGAAGGGUUUUCCGCCCAUGAAAUAUGAGUUAUCUUGUUGGGGAUUUAGUGGGAAUAGGAUAUCUCGGUUUCCAACAAGGAGAAUCGCUGAUGAUGUUAUUCAAUGUGAUAUAUCUCAAGUAAAUAUUUGUGAAUUUAACAUGACCGUGCAAACAAGCAAGAAAUUUGAUCAAAGGUUUGGUCCUGAAGUCCAGAAACAAAUAAAAAUGGUGUCUUAUCUGCCUGCAGUACUUUCAGCGUAUUUAACUACGGACCUUUUGGAAAUUCAUAUAAAUUUCAAUACAAGCAUGGUACUUACAACCAAUAACUGUUCUCUUAUCUUUGAUGCAUCUACCAUACAACUGUACGGAUUAAAUGUUUUGGGAAAUUAUCCGGGCCUUCUUUCGACUAAUGCAUCUAUAACUGUGAAAACAACAACAGCACCACUUAUGGCAUUUAUUCCAUCCUUAUAUCAAGUUUAUUUCAACCAAACCUUCUGUAUAGAUGGUUCAUUAUCUGCUGAUUUGGGACGACAACAAGGAGAACUGAAGUUCUUAUGGAUCUGUUCAAAAAACAAUAGUAAUGGAUGUUAUGUUCGUGACAGGGGCGGUAGAGGGUACAUUCGGCUAGAACAAUGGCUGCAAGAAACUACAGCGCCAUCUAUAUGCAUUCCAGGUGGAUUAUUAAACUCUGGACUUUACAAGUUCACACUUACAGUGUCCAAAGACGUUCGGAAGAACAUUCACACAUGUGUUGUUGAACUUAAAGAAAAGAAUGAUGGUGUCGAAGUAAUCAUUCAACGUGUUACUGAACCUGACCAAAGCACGUUAUUAAACGCUAUUGUUCGUAGCAAUACCUAUAAAUUUUUCGCUUGGAAAUUAAUGGAAAAUGGUUUUUACAGGACCAGGUUUAUUGCAAAUCAUAAAACUGUCACUUUCCGUGGUUACGUAUCUGUUCCUCUUUACUAUUUCUCAUUACCUUAUAAAGAAUUUGGACAAAUAAAAUGUUUGGCUGUUCGAUACUCGUACCAGUUAUUACAAAAAGGCCAGUGUGUGGAAAUAUUAUAUAAAAGUCCUCCAAGAAAUGGUGUUUUAAAGGAGAUCCAAGAUCCCUGA